AUGUCUGUACUGGACAUCCUCGAGUCCAAGCUCGAGUUCUUGAUGGAGCAGAUCAACUCGGUCCCGGUGCACAUUCAGUUCGCUGGCGUCGCUGUGGUUGCACUGGUUGCGCAGACGCUGUUCUUCAUCUUCCUCCACAUCGUCGCGCCCAAGCCGCGAGCCGUGCUCUCCUCGGAGAAGAAAUACAUCACCAGCCAGUCCACCUCCCGCAAGCCCUCGACCCCACGUGAGCUCCCGUGCUGGUACGACCGUUGGCUGGCAGAGCGCCAAGCCUCCGAAGCCGCUGAGGACGACACCUCCCCGACACCUGACAUUGGAUCCAUUGAGCCCGCCGAGGUGCGGCUGAGCGUCGUCUUCCCUGCGUACAACGAGGAGGACCGUAUUCUCCCAACACUCGAGGAAGCUGUUGCAUGGCUCGACGAGAACAUCGGACGGACUGGCAGUGCUAAGGGUGCUGCUGGUAAGACCAACAAGCGCCAUGCUGCUCGCCACGCGCAGGAUGGGAAGGCCGCUGGAUACGAAAUUAUUGUUGUGAACGAUGGCAGUACCGAUAAGACGGUUGAUGUUGCUCUUGAAUUCUCCCGCGAAAACAAGCUUCACGACGUGCUGAGAGUCGUCUCGCUGGAACGAAAUAGAGGCAAGGGAGGCGGUGUCACCCACGGUCUGCGACAUGUCCGGGGAGAAUAUGUUCUCUUUGCUGACGCGGACGGCGCCUCGAAAUUCAGCGAUGUUGCCAAGCUGAUUGAGGGCUGUGAGGAGGUCGUGGAUGGCGCCCACCGCGGUGUUGCAAUUGGAAGCCGGGCCCAUCUCGUCGGCAGUGAAGCAGUUGUUAAGCGCUCUGCCCUGCGUAAUUUCCUGAUGCGCUCCUUUCACCUCGUUCUCAUGAUCCUAACACCACCUGCCACAUCCCGUAUUCGUGAUACGCAGUGCGGCUUCAAGCUCUUCACCCGCGCUUCCCUCCCCCACAUCGUGCCGUACAUGCACACGGAGGGUUGGAUCUUCGACAUUGAGAUGCUGAUGCUUGCCGAGUCUGCCCCCGCCAUUCCCAUUCACAGUGCAGAUGGCACGGUCAUUGGCAGCAGUGCCGGUAUCAAGGUUGCAGAAGUCCCUAUUGAGUGGCAUGAGGUCGGAGGCAGCAAGCUCAACGUCAUCCAGGACAGCAUCAAGAUGGCCAUUGGCCUGGCAGUCUUGCGUGCCAGCUGGAUGAUGGGCGUGUAUAGAAGACGGCUGACCUAG